UUAUCAGCAGAAAUUACUCUCUGGAAUUAAACGUAGUUCCACUAGCUGUCAUUUUGUUAAGUGCGAGUGUCAAAUACAAAUUAUUUUCCCCCAGUUUUUGUCGGUAUAACUAUUAUACUUAAAGAGUUACCAUUGGAGUAGUUUGGACCUCGCAGUAAAAAAAAAAAAAAAAAGGGAAAAGAGCAAAACAAGAAGAGGUUGGAAGCAGUUGUCACAGAGAGAGAGAGCAUACUACCUACUUAAUAGGGGGAUGCGGCGGUGAAGUUGAGGAAGAAGAGAAAGUUAGAAAGAAGAAAAAAAAAGAGAAGCUUGAGUCAGUUGAUUUCACCUCAUAUAAUUAUUAUGAGUGGCGAAAAGGAAAAGAGCACUGUUACCAGUGCUCCUCCUUCUCCUUCUCCUUCUUCAGUUGCUCCUUCUGUUGAAUUCUCCAAAGGCAUCAAUGGCCUCCAGAAGGUUAUUCUCCGCGAGUCUCGCGGUUCCUCCGCCGAGGUCUACCUGUAUGGUGGUCAUGUGACCUCUUGGAAGAAUGACCAUGGCGAAGAAUUGCUUUUUCUCAGUAGUAAGGCAAUAUUUAAGCCACCAAAGGCAAUUCGUGGUGGGAUUCCAAUAUGCUUUCCGCAAUUUGCAAGCCAUGGCACCCUUGACCAGCAUGGCUUUGCUAGAAACCGGUUCUGGGCUGUUGAUGAAGAUCCCCCUCCUUUUCCAACAAAUACUUUGAACAAAGCCUUUGUUGAUUUGAUUCUUAAGCCCUCUGAAGAAGAUAUGAAGAUUUGGCCUCACAGUUUUGAGUAUCGUAUAAGGAUAGCUCUGGGACCUGGAGGAGACCUUAUGUUGACUUCUCGGAUCAGGAAUACAAACAGUGAUGGGAAGCCAUUUUCGUUCACCUUUGCUUAUCAUACGUAUUUCUCUGUAUCAGACAUAAGCGAGGUUCGGGUAGAGGGAUUAGAGACCCUGGAUUAUCUUGACAACUUGCAGAACAAGGAACGCUUUACUGAGCAGGGAGAUGCUUUAACAUUUGAAUCAGAAGUUGACAAAAUAUAUCUUAGCACUCCUACAAAGAUCGCAAUUAUUGAUCACGAAAAAAAGAGAACAUUUGUUUUGCGCAAAGAUGGCCUUCCUGAUGCUGUGGUGUGGAAUCCUUGGGAUAAGAAAGCAAAGGCUAUGGCUGAUUUUGGUGAUGAUGAGUACAAGCAUAUGCUCUGUGUAGAGGCUGCUGCUGUUGAAAAGGCCGUCACUUUAAAACCUGGAGAAGAAUGGAAAGGGAGACUAGAACUUUCAGCUGUUCCAUCUAGUUAUUGUAGUGGGCAGCUUGAUCCCCAGAGGGUUCUUCAGGGCAGCUGAAUUAUCAAUAUUGUGCUGUGUCCUGUACAGGUAGCUUGUUGCGACAAUUAUGGUUUUGUUGAUGGGAAAGUGUCUCAAGUGAUUUUGCCCCUUGAUGUUCCAUUUAAAUCUUUGUUGAACGGAUGCACUCAUGUUGCAUAGAAUUUUAUUGAACUACUUUUGUUUACCCAUGUAAUGGAUGGCUAUUGUUGUCAUGACAGACUGAACAAAGCAUAUAAGCAGAAGAGUUCACUCCCAUGAAAGAUGGAAAUUGCCGCCUACAAUUCAACAGCUUUUCACGUUGGGUUGAAUGGCCCAGACUCGGGGAUUCUUUCUGAGUCCAUAGUUUUUUGGAUUCUCAAAUACCCCGUAAAUUGUUUAUUCCUAAAUGUUGUAGGCUAAAUGAAUAUGUCAUUGGAGAAUAUUUAUAAUUUUAAAGGAAUGUAUCACAGUUCACACAGGACCUGUUGACUGGUAUAAAUUGUAUUUCUGGGUUAUUUUGCUAUAUGAUCCUAUUAUGCUUCUUUUACCUACCUAGUCAAAACACAUGUUAACAGAGAAUGUUACUCAGGUAUGUGAUAUGCAGAU